AUGGAAACAAAUUCAAGUUUUUUAGAAAGAACAUUUUCUCUCAAUGAGAGAAAGACUAAUGCCAAGACAGAAUUUUUGGCAGGGCUUACAACUUUUAUGACAAUGUCAUAUAUACUUGUUGUAAAUCCAAACAUGUUAUCUGAAACUGGAAUGGACAAGGGUGGAGUUUUCACUGCGACUAUUAUUUCGUCAAUCAUUGCAAUGAUCUUUAUGGGACUAUUUGCAAACUUGCCCUUCGCACUUUCAGCAGGAGUGGGACUUAAUGCUUAA